AUGGGUUGCGUGUCGUCGCGAGAUGCUUCACAUGAGUCAGGUCUCCCCAAGAGCAAACUAUCCCAGCAAAAAGAAGCUGCGAGCUCAGCAUUGGUCGCACCACAGCAGACUUCUCCGUCCACGGAACCACCCAAAGCCGAACAAUCUAGAGCUGAGCCACCAACGGGACUCGCAUCGGACGCACGAGGAGCAUCAGGAGAGGCAGUAGCGUCGACAGGAGCUUCGGGAACAGCCGGAGCAUCAGGAACCUCGGUAGUAUCAGGAGCCUCUGGAGCACCAGGAGCCUCGGAAGUAUCAGAAGCUUCGGGAGCGUCAGGAGCUUCGGGAGUGUCAGGAGCCCCGGGAGUACCUGGAGCCUCUAACACAUCAGAAGCCUCGGGAGUUCCAGGAGUAUCAGGAGCCUCGGGAGUGCCGGGACCUCCGGGAGUAUCAGGAGCUUCGGGAGUAUCAGGAGUCUCGGCAGUAUCCGGAACAUCGGGAGUAUCCGGAGUCUCGGGAGUGUCAGGAACCUCGGGAAGCUCCGGCAGCCUGCUCGGCUCCGGAGGCCCCGGAUCGUCCACCGGCAGCGGGGGACGCGGCGCAUCUACCCGUUCAUUGGAGCCGCCUGCGGAUCUCACCAUCCCACGGCUGACAGAGGACGAGAUCAAAUGCGUGACUCGGAAUUUUUCCACUGUGCUGGGCGAGGGUGGCUUCGGGAAGGUGUAUAAAGGCGAGAUGCGGCCGUGUGGGGCUAGCCCAAACGGCCCCUGCAGAUGCCCAAAGAAGCCCCGCGAGGGAGGAGGAGGCGCGGGUGAGAGGGAUGCGGGUGGGAGUGGGGGUGCUGAGGGCGAGGGAGGAGGCGGGUCGAAGCCUGGUGCCGCUGGGAUGGUCGAGAGGGAUGCUGGUGGGUGCAAGCCGAUUCCUGUUGCAGUGAAGGUUCUCGCGCCGCACAGCUUUCAGGGCGAUUACGAGUUUAUGACGGAGCUGGUGACGUUUGGGGCGGUGAGGCACAGCAACAUAGUGGAGCUGCUGGCGUACUCGCCACACCCCAGCAAGGCGCUCGUCUACGAGUUCAUGCCCAAGGGGGAUGUGCACGCCCUGCUCGCCCGCUGCAAGAAGGGCGAGGCAACGUUUCCCUGGGCAGCGAGGCUGAAGGUGGCGCACGAGGUGGCGCAGGCAGUGGCGUUCAUGCACUCACUGCGCUACAUCCACCGCGACCUCAAGGCCAGCAACGUGCUCCUCACCCAGGACUUCACGGCCAAGGUGGCGGACUUUGGGCUGGCCAAGGGCAUAGCGGACUGGCGCUCGCAUGUCACAACGAGAGUUGUGGGGUCCUUUGGCUACAUGGACCCCAUGUACUACCUCUCAGGCCACGUGCAUGCCAAGAGCGACGUGUACGCAUUCGGAGUCUUCCUGGUAGAACUCCUGACAGGCAAAUCCGUUCUCCAGGACAGCAUUCACGAGGACCUGAUCCCCACGCUGCUGCACCACGACCACCCCGACCUCGCCCUCCUGGUGGACCCCGCCAUCGCCCCCGAGUGCCGCCGCAAGGACGCCCUCGCCAUCGCCUACAUCGCCAAGUACGCUCUCAUCAAGGAAUGGGACGCGCGCCCCAGCAUGCAGUCUGUGGCUCAGAAGAUCGGAAACGUGGUCAAGUGGCAGAAGUCCCGUGCUGAAGCUGCUGCUGCGGAGGAGGGAGGAGGGGGGAAAGGGGCGACAGCGGGAGGGGAAGCUGGGGGAGGGGAGGCGAAGGGAGGGGUUGGAUCUGAGGAGGUGGUGACUGGGGGAGAUGGUGCUGCUGAGACUCCUGGUGCUGCAGCUGCGGCUGAGGUUCAGAGUGUGAAGUGGUGA